UUUAAAUUGUUAACCUUGUAGAUUCAUCCCGCUAUACUUGAAACACUCGCUGCCGCAUUAUAGAAACUCAUUUCUUGUCAUUUCUUCUCCACUUCUUUUCAUUUCGUCAUAACAAUCAAUGCCAAAUCAAAGUUCAAAUCUUUCCAAUAUAACCCAUGUCAGAUACAAAUAAAUACAUCUUUAAUAAUACCGCAUAUAAAAAAUAGUGGGAAAAAUAUCCUUCAAAUUUUUUUGUUCCUAUCCAAUAAUCAAUAAAUUUGCUUACAUUUUCACCAUUAUUAAUAUUCUACACCAAAUUGUUAGCAAUGCAACAUAUAUUAUCAUAUAUUCUAUCGCAGCCAACAUUCAUAAUAUCAUGCCACCACAAAGAAUCAUUGCUGCCUAUGAUAAUUUCAUGUCUAUUUGUGAUUUUUUAGCAAAGAGACAAAAUUAGAGAAGAGAAGAAUCAAAGGUUAUGUUCGUUUGACGAAUCGAUCAGCACAAGAAGUUAAAUAUGAAGCUGAAUUUCAAGUACCAGGAAAUUUUGGAGAGAUAGGUGCUGUUCUUGUGGAAAAUGAACAUCGAAAGGAAAUAUUCAUGAAAGAAAUUGUUCUUGAUGGCUUUCUUACCGGUCCUGUUAAAUUCUCCUGUGAAUCCUGGGUUCACUCCAAGUUUGACAACCCUACUAAGAGAGUGUUUUUUUCUAACAAGUCAUAUUUGCCUUCUGAAACACCGGAAGGAUUGAAAAUGUUAAGAGAAGGGGAACUAAUAAGUUUACGAGGCAAUGGACAAGGCGAACGCCAAUGGUUUGAUCGAAUAUAUGACUAUGAUGUGUAUAAUGACCUCGGAGAUCCUGACACCGAUCCCAAACACAAGAGACCUGUUCUCGGUGGCAGUGAACAUCCAUAUCCUAGACGUUGUAGAACCGGAAGACCUCGUUGUAAUACUGAUCCAUUGUCUGAGAAAAGAAGUAACAAUGUCUACGUGCCUAGGGACGAAUGCUUCUCUGGUGUAAAACAACUCGUAAUUUCAGAAAAUACCUUACAGUCUGUUUUCAAUCCUCUUUUCUCGGGUUUGAAAACAUCUGUAAUUGACAAGAAUCUUGGAUUCCCUCUUUUCUCAUCCAUAGAUGACCUUUUCAAUGAAGGAUAUACCUUGCCUCCUCAAAAGGAGAAAGGAUUUCUUAGGACUGUAUUGCUGCGGUUGGCCAGGCUUGUCAAUGAUGCUACGGUUCUUCGUUUUGAGACUCCCGCCACAGUGGACAAGGACAGAUUCUUUUGGUUUAGAGAUGAAGAAUUUGGAAGACAAACUAUAGCUGGUCUUAAUCCUUGUUGCAUCCAAUUGGUUACGGAAUGGCCAUUGAAAAGCAAACUUGACCCUAAUAUUUAUGGCCCUGCGGAAUCAGCAAUAACUACGGAAAUAAUUGAACAACAAAUCGGAGGACUCCUUACUAUUGAAGAGGCCAUAAAACAGAAGAAGUUGUUCAUCCUAGACUACUAUGAUUUUUUCUUGCCAUUAGUAGAGGAAGUUAGAAAACUUGAAGGCACAACAUUGUAUGGAUCAAGGACUUUGUUCUUUCUGACAACCGAUGGCGCAUUAAGACCACUAGCAAUUGAGCUAGCUCGGCCGCCGAUGAAUGGAAAGCCACAGUGGAGGCAAGUGUUCACACCUUCUUGGCACUCAACUGAGGUUUGGCUUUGGAGACUUGCCAAAACUCAUGUCCUUGCUCAUGAUGCUGGCUUUCACCAACUUGUUAGUCACUGGUUGCGAACUCAUUGUAGUACAGAACCAUACAUCAUUGCAACAAACAGGCAACUCAGUGCAAUGCAUCCAAUCUACAGAUUAUUACUUCCACAUUUUAGAUACACACUGGAAAUCAAUGCACUUGCGCGUGAAAAACUAAUAAAUGUAGAUGGAAUAAUAGAGAGUAGCUUCACUCCUAAACAACUUUCCCUCUUAUUAAGUUCAAUAGCCUAUGAUAAACACUGGCAAUUUGACUUACAAGCCCUUCCCAAUGACCUUAUCCAUAGAGGAUUGGCAGAAAAAGAUCCAAAUGCCCCUCAUGGCUUGAAACUGGCCAUAGAAGAUUACCCUUAUGCAAAUGAUGGUCUUGUUCUUUGGGAUGCUAUCAAAUCUUGGGUCACUGAUUAUGUCAACCACUACUAUAAUACAGAUACAAGAAAUGUUGAGUCAGAUAAAGAAUUGCAAGCAUGGUGGAAUGAGAUUAGAAAUGUUGGACAUGGUGACAAGAAAGAUGAACCUUGGUGGCCUAAUUUGAAAACAAAUGAAGAUCUUAUUGGAAUAUUGACGACCAUUGUUUGGAUAACAUCAGGGCAUCACGCGGCGAUGAAUUUUGGUCAGUACACUUAUGCGGGAUAUUUUCCUAAUAGACCGGCCAUUGCGAGAACCAACAUGCCUACAGAAGACCCCUCUGAUCAAGAGCUUGAACUUUUCUAUAAUAAACCAGAAGUGACAUUGUUGAAGUGUUUUCCUUCGCAAAUUCAAGCAUUGACGGUGAUGACAGUGUUGGAUAUUUUGUCUACUCAUUCCCCGGACGAGGAAUAUCUUGGACAAACGAUUGAGCCGGCUUGGGAAGAGGAACCAAUGGUUAAGGCUGCUUUUGAAAAGUUUAAAGGGAAGUUAAUGGAGCUUGAAGGUAUAAUUGAUAAGAGGAAUGCUGAUAAGAAUCUGAGGAAUAGAAAUGGUGCUGGGAUUUUGCCUUAUGAGCUUUUGAAGCCAACUUCAGAACCUGGUGUAACAGGAAAAGGUGUUCCAUAUAGCAUCUCUAUUUGAUUUUAACACAUGUUGUAGAUUAGUCUAUGUUGUAUUUAAUUGUGUUUCCUUGGUCUUUAAAUGUUCUAUUUUGAGCUCACUGUAAUAAAAUGUAAUUAGUAACUUUGAAUAAAGUGUUACUGUGGUAUUUGGAUCGAACAUUAGUCUUGACAAAUGUAGCUUCAUGGUUGGAGAAAGUAGUGUUGUAGUCGAAGUCUGUUCUAA